GUCCAUAUAUAAUAAUCCACAGCCUCCCCUAUAUUUUCAAACAUAUCAUUCUUCUUUCCAACUCAUAUAAUCACACUCAUUACUUGCUUUCUUAAUUUGCACUUCUGCAAAUCUCCAUCCUAGCCUAGCUAUAUAACCAGCUACAUAACCUUCUUCAUCUUCUUGUCGUCCUCAUGGCACCCCCUCAUGAUCCUAUCACUCCAGUUUGCAAUGUCUUCCAGCCCGGGGGUUCUGGAAAAUACUUUGACCUCUCUAAUGGAAAGCUUAGUGUCAAAGGUGUUCCAUUGCUCUCUGCAGUUCCAAGCAAUGUGACUUUCAGUCACUUCCACUCUGCCUACCAAUCUUCUGAUGCUCCAUUUCCUCUGCUACAGCGGGUUCUCGCCUCGUCCCACAAGGGUGCUUUCCUUGGAUUCAACAAGGAGGUUCCCUCAGAUAGGCUGCUCAACUCCUUGGGGAAAUUCAGUAACAGAGAUUUCCUUAGCAUCUUUAGGUUCAAGACAUGGUGGUCUACUAUGUGGGUGGGAAACUCGGGUUCAAACUUGCAAAUGGAAACUCAAUGGGUGCUCUUAGACGUCCCGGAGAUCAAGUCCUAUGUUAUAAUCAUACCAAUCAUUGAAGCCAACUUUAGGUCUGCUCUUCAUCCUGGCAGUGACGAUCAUGUCAUGAUAUGUGCUGAGAGUGGUUCCAGUCAAGUGAAAGCGUCAAACUUCGGUGCCAUUGCUUAUGUUCAUGCUUCUGACAAUCCUUACAACUUGAUGAAGGAAGCUUACAGUGCUCUAAGAGUCCAUCUCAAUACUUUUAGGCUCUUGGAAGAGAAGGCAGUUCCAAAUCUUGUUAACAAAUUCGGUUGGUGCACUUGGGAUGCGUUCUAUUUAUCUGUAGAACCUGUUGGUGUCUGGCAUGGAGUGAAUGAAUUUGCUAAAGGUGGUGUAUCCCCGCGGUUUCUCAUCAUUGAUGAUGGUUGGCAAAGCAUCAAUAUGGAUGAUGAGGACCUGAAGGAAGACACGAAAAAUCUAGUUCUUGGUGGGACUCAAAUGACAGCUAGGCUUCACAGAUUUGAGGAGUGCAAGAAGUUCAGGAACUACAGAGGUGGCUCUAUGUUGGGUCCUGAUGCUCCUUCAUUUGAUCCCAGAAAGCCAAAACUGUUGAUUUCCAAGGCAAUUGAAAUAGAGCAUGCCGAGAAAGAUCGCUACAAGGCCCUUCAAUCUGGAGCCACUGAGUUGUCUGUGUUCGAAACAAAGAUUCAGAAGCUGAAGAGAGAGUUGAAUGACAUCAUUGGUGGAGGAGAAAGCAGUGCUACUACUGAAGGCUGUGGAAGUAGUUUUUGCGGUGAAAAAAACAAUGGAAUGAAGGCUUUCACAGGUGACUUGAGAACCAAGUUUAAAGGUUUGGAUGAUAUAUAUGUAUGGCAUGCUCUUUGCGGUGCCUGGGGUGGUGUUAGGCCAGGUUCAACUCAUUUCAGUUCAAAGAUCAUUCCUUGCAAAGUCUCACCCGGACUGGACGGCACGAUGACUGAUCUCGCUGUGGUGAAAAUCGUCGAGGGUGGGAUUGGGCUUGUGCAUCCUGAUCAAGCUGAUAGUUUCUAUGACUCCAUGCACUCUUACCUUUCUGAAGUCGGUAUCACUGGAGUCAAAGUGGAUGUUAUUCAUACGCUUGAAUAUGUAUCUGAGGAAUAUGGAGGUCGUGUGGAGCUUGCUAAGGCUUAUUACAAGGGUCUGACUCGUUCUCUUAAGAAGAACUUCAAUGGGACUGGACUUAUUGCUAGCAUGCAGCAAUGCAAUGACUUCUUCUUUCUUGGUACAAAGCAAAUCUCUAUUGGAAGAGUCGGUGAUGAUUUUUGGUUUCAAGAUCCGAAUGGAGAUCCAAUGGGAGUCUACUGGUUACAAGGAGUUCAUAUGAUCCACUGCGCCUACAACAGCCUGUGGAUGGGUCAGAUGAUACAGCCUGAUUGGGAUAUGUUUCAAUCCGACCAUUUAUGUGCUAAAUUUCAUGCAGGUUCUAGAGAAAUCUGUGGCGGUCCAGUUUAUGUUAGUGAUUCAGUUUCAGGGCAUGAUUUUGAUCUUAUUAAAAAGCUUGUUUUCCCGGAUGGUACCAUUCCUAAGUGCCAGCAUUUUGCCCUUCCGACGAGGGACUGCCUCUUCAAGAACCCUUUAUUUGAUGAUAAGACUGUCCUGAAAAUUUGGAACAUCAACAAGUAUGGCGGUGUCAUUGGAGCUUUCAAUUGUCAAGGGGCUGGUUGGGACCCCAAGGAGCAAAGGAUUAAAGGUCACUCAGAAUGCUACAAGCCAAUCUCUUGUUUUGUGCAUGUUGCUGAGAUUGAAUGGGACCAAAAGUUGGAAGCAGUCCAUUUGGGGGAGGCUCAAGAGUAUGUUGUCCAUCUCAAUGAGGCUAAGGAGCUCUGCCUAAUGACCCCAAAGUCCGAUGCAAUUCAAGUCGUCAUCCAGCCAUCUUCGUUUGAGAUAUUGAGCUUCGUGCCUGUUAAAAAGCUAGGCUGCCGCAUUAAGUUCGCGCCAAUUGGACUCACAAACAUGUUCAACGGUGGAGGCACACUCCAGGAGUUGCAGUACAAAAGUACUGCAGUUGAGUUUAGUGCCAUGAUCAAAGUUAAAGGUGGAGGCGAUUUCCUGGCAUACUCAAGUGAGUCACCAAAGAAAUGCUGUUUGAAUGGUGCUGAGGUAGCUUUUGAGUGGUAUGUUGAUGGCAAAUUGAGCAUGACUAUUCCUUGGAUUGAACAAGCUGCAGGCAUUUCUGAUGUGCUUUUUGCAUUUUGAUUUCAAAUCUCAACCACUAAUCAAUAGAAU